AGGGUUUAAUAAAACUGAAGAGAUAGGAGAGACACAGCGACUGUGAAUUUGUGCGCGAGGAGUUGGGAAAAGUAGAAAAAAGAUGGGGACGAGAGAGGUGUACGAAGAGAAGCUGAGGAGUGGCAAUAUGUAUCAUCACGAUCCAACCAUAAACCCUGGCCUCGGAUCCCCACGCUGCCCUCGCUGUCUCUCCCUCUUAAACCCUAACUCCGGUGGAGGUGAAUGGACUAUCACUUCCGUCCUACACGACGCCACUGCUGUGGCGGGGACAGGUAUUGGUGCAAUGCUUAGUGCAGUUCACGGUUUCAAUACAGGGAUCCCAUACCUUCAAAAUCAUGUGAAGGGACCGAAGUGGCUUCCUUUCCUAGUUGGGCUUCCUCCAUUGCUACUCUUUUCUGGUACCAGCGCUGCAUUCGGAGGUUAUGCACUCCCAAAGUUCACUCAACUCACAGUGACAUCCUAUUAUGCUGCCUCGAGUGCCUCCCAUUAUGGAAUCUCCCUUCUUACCCGACAUAUUGAAGAGGCCCACACUACCCAGACUAGGCAAGAAAGGCUUGGAUGAUUUCUUGCAGGUGCACAUACUUACAAGUCUACUGUUCAUUUCCCAAUUUUGUAAGCAAAAGUAUUUUUGUGGUUGUAGAUGCAUGAACUUGUAGAUCGUUAGUGCGGUUCUUCCCUUUUCUGCCUUUUUAUUUAUAUGUUUAUAAUAAAAUAUUUGCUUCACUAGGUGGAAAUUCAUGUUAUAAUAAAAAUGAUUAUAAUUUAUAAAGAUGACUUUAUAUGUUCUAACU